AUGAAAUACAUUUUCUUAGUAAAUGUGUUACACCUGCUACUGAUGUCCUAUAAUGUUUUUUCGGACGAUAACAGCAGCUUUGUGGUGUCCACUACUGAAUCUGAAGGAGUUAACAGUAGCUUCGUAUCUACUAUUGAACCAGGAGACGAAAUUACCAAUAGCUACGUAUUAUCAACUACUGAACCUGACGAACCAGUUAACGAAAAAGUUAACAAUAGCAUCGUAUCAUCUACUACUGAAUCUGGAAGAGAAAAACAAACUUUUAAUCAUGAGAACCAUGAAGUUAAUCCCAAAAUAUAUUUUAUGAAAAUUCAUUCAAACGUAAAUAAUCGUUUCGCAACAACAUUCGUGACAAGUAAAGUAAAAAAUUUGAAAGAAGUUGCAGCAGAAACCGCCUUUUCAGUGAUUUUACCCGAAAAUGCCUUCAUUUCAGCUUUUGCAAUGGAAAUUGAUGGAAAAAUAUACAAAGCUACUGUUAAAGAAAAAGAGGAAGCUAAAGAAUCGUACCAAGAGGCCGUAUCAAGAGGACAAAGUGCGGCUCAUGUUGAACUAAAUGCAAGAGAUUCAAAAACAUUUACAGUUUCGGUGAAUAUCGAACCUCAAAGCAAAGUAAUAUUCAGGCUGACUUAUGAGGAAUUUCUUAAACGACAAUUUGGGAAAUAUGAACUUUGUAUUAAUAUUUAUCCGGGACAAGUUGUGGACGAUCUCAGUGUCAAAGUCCGUAUUAACGAAAAUAGGCCUUUAAAAUUCAUUAAAACACCCUCUGUUAGACCAGGAAAUGAUAUUAGUAAAAACACCAACCAGCUAAAUCCCUCAGCUAAAACAGAAAUGUUUAACUCAACUUAUGCUCUAGUUAAAUUUGAUCUCGAUAGAAAAAAACAAAAAGAAUUUGCAGAACUUUUAGGGUAUGAGAAGGAGAAUGGAUUAGGUGGCCAGUUUGUUGUUCAAUAUGAUGUUGAAAGAGAUCCUCAAGGUGGAGAGGUUCUGGUCCGUGAUGGUUACUUUGUACAUUUUUUCUCUCCGUCUGAGCUGAAAUCUCUACCAAAACACGUAGUUUUUGUUCUAGAUCACAGUGCUAGUAUGUAUGGAAAAAAAAUUAUUCAGUUGAUAGACGCAAUGCAAAAUAUUUUAUCCGAACUGAAAGAAACCGAUUUGUUUAACAUUGUUCGCUUUGCAAACUUGGCCCUAGUUUGGAAUGCGUCACAAAAUAAAUUCAUUCAACUUCCAGAUUUACAAGAUUAUGGAAAUCUUGAACCAUAUUUAAGAAAAUUGAAUAUCUCUCAUGCUGUUAAAGCCACGAAAGAAAAUGUUGAUGCGGCCAAAAAGAUCAUCACGGAUAAGUCUAAUCUAGGAAUGACUAACAUGAUUUAUGGCUUGGAAGUCGGUUUAUUUUUAAUUAAAAAAACACAAGAAGAGGUGUCUGAUAAAUAUCAACCUAUGAUUAUAUUUCUGAGUGAUGGCUAUCCCAAUGUUGGAAUGCCUGACCGGAUUGAAAUUAUAGAUACGGUAACAAAUCUCAACAACGGGACUUCAAUUUUCUCACUUUCGUUCGGAGAUUCAGCCGAUCGAAAUUUCUUAAGAAAACUGUCAUCUCAAAACUUGGGCUUUUCAAAGCACAUUUACGAAGCUUCAGACUCGUCGCUGCAAUUACAAGAAUUUUAUCACGCGAUUUCUUCACCACUUUUAAGCAAUGUCAACUUUAAAUACGAUGAUGGAACGAAGGACGUAACUGAAACGCGUUGUCCGAUUCUUUUCAGAGGUUCUGAAAUGGUUGUAGCAGGGAGAACAAGAAUGGAUAACAAUGUUUUAAGUCAUGUUGAAGGGUGGACUAACAGAGGCCCUGUUAAAUUUAUUGCUACCAAAAGUGAAGCUGUUGGUUCUUUGGAACGACUGUGGGCAUAUUUGACUGUUAAUCAACUUUUAAAACAAAACGAGACUACAAAAAAUGAAUUAGAUUUAAUCAAAAAAGCCCUUGAUAUGUCUCUGAAAUAUUCAUUUGUUACCCCUGUUACUUCUUUGGUUGUUGUUAAACCUUACAACCAAACAGAACUGGUGGAGGGUCUUUCUGCACAACUCAUUUCACCAUGGCUUGGACUCCCUAAAAACAUUUCAAUUUGGAGAAAAGAAUCCUCAGGACUUUCAGCACUUUCAGGAAUGUAUAUUACAGAACGGUCGUCAACUAGAGCAGAAAACGUGCAAGGAAACAGGAAAACUACUUUUGUAUUAGGUCCAGUUUACACCUCGAGGGCCACACAACAGUCAGCGUUCCUGAGACCAUAUCCUAAAAAUAGUAGAAGAAAAAAUCAUGACAAUAAAGAAUACUUUCAAAAAUUUUCAGUAACCUUACCUCAAUGGUUCGAAAACAUAAAAAUUAAUAAUGAAAACAUCGCACUUCCACAAGGAAUAUUUAAAUUAGGUCACAGUGGAGCUGUAGCAACACGUCCUUAUUGUCCUAAAACACCGAAAGGAAGUGUUGGAGAAUGUGUAAUUAUCUUAGAUUGUCCAGAAAUUUACAAAGAUUUAACUGAUCUCAACACAUUUCUUCAAUACUUUUGUCCUUUAAAUGAGUUUGCCGGGGUUUGUUGUCCUUCAAGAAACGCUUCAACACCUACUUAAUGAAUUAUAAUACAUUCUAUGUAAAAUAAUUACAAGAAGAAGAAUACAAUUAUUAUAAAAAAGUG